UCUGUCCAAGACGAGUUUUACGUAAAUUUUUCACUUUCACUUAUUUUAACCAACUCUCUUUCGCCUCUACUCUAGUUUAACUAUAACGUUCGUUUGAGAAAGAGUAAUUUUUUCAGAUUAAUUUUUUCAUGGAAAAUUUGAAACGGUGAAGUGUCACUGGUUUUCCCCGGCUCGUUUCCCUCUUAUCCGGAAAAACCGACAGUGUUUCAUCGACCAGCACACGAGAAGUACAAAGUUGAAGAGGUAAAAUAAAAAAAUAAAAAAUGAGUGGAAUUGAUAGUAUUAUUAAUUAUAAAAAGAGUGAGAAAGAAGAUUACUAUGGGAUUAUGGGUUGUAGUGAAGAUUCAACGGUGGAGCAAAUCCAAGCUGAGUACAAAAUCAAAGCUCUUCAAUUACACCCAGAUAAAAACAAAGGCGAUAAAGAGGCUGAGGCUAAAUUCCAACUGCUAAAGGAAGCCAAGGAAGUUUUAUGCGAUCCCGAAAGAAGGAAUAAUUAUGAUAAAUGGAGAGGAAGCGGAAUCUCAAUUAGUUACAAACAAUGGUUGGGGAUGAAAGAACACGUUCAUCAAUCCAUGCAUUGGUCGACUCCCAAAACUAAGGAUAGGAUGCUUCCGGAAACUGGGGGAUCUGGACCAUCUAGUUUAGGAGCUGGGGGAGUUAGCGCAGCUCAUCGACGAGCUUCUGAAGGGGGGGCUAACCUACAUUAUGGGGGGAAAGGUGUUUCAGGUUGGGGUGGAGAUGCAAGCGAUGUUGUUAACAAAUUCAGGAAUUAUGAAAUUUAAAGGGUUAUAAUUAAAAGCAAAAAAAAAUGUUGUGUCCCUUUCGUGUUUGAUUAUCGUAACCUCAAUUUAUUUUUAGAAAUAAGAUUAACAAUUAUGUGAAUCGUUGCAUUCCUCAAAACUGUGAUGGUACCUCUUUAUUAUUAGAUUAAUUUUUUAUUUCUAAAUUCCUUUCACGAUUUUAACUUUAAUACCUGGUUCGAAUCAAAAUAUUAACUAAUUCUUCCUUGAAUUUCCACAUUUAUUCUUAGAAUUUAAUUUUAUUUUAAAUAAAUCAAGUCAAAUUAUUUUGACCGCUCACUUCAACAUCGUGGUUGUUUUAGAUUAAAAAAUAGGCGAAAAUAAGAUUAUUAAUAAAUAGGAAGUGGAUAAAAUAUGUUUAUUAUUUUAUGUAUAGGAAGCGACCAAGUAAAGUUGAACGGACUAAACGUUUAUUCCGUACCGGAAGCGGAAACAUUGGUGGUCGUGGUCGGAAUAAACGCUUAAAUUCGUACGGUAUCUUAAACUUUUUUCCGUUUUUUCUAAUUCAUAUUUCUUUCUAAUUAAAACUACUUUGUAAAUAUUAAAUACUAAAUACUCUUAGCUUAUCAACAAAAAUGUGAAUGUUGUUAUCCCAAUCCCUCCUUUUGUUCAGGGUAUUUGCACAAAACCAGAAAUGUCUAUAUACAUAUUACAUAUACAAAAAGAAAUCUAUGAAAAAAAAUGUUUUAAUGUGAUUCCUUGUACACUUUUCGAUGACAAAUUCUGUAAGCUGCUAAAACUAUAAACUGUAUUUUGAUAAAUGUUUUACCUGAUCUAAUUUAUUGACAGUGUAUAUCCUUAAGUAGAGAGAUAAAUACGACGUGUAUCUGUUAAAAUAUAUCAAGGAAUUUAUAAAUGUUUACAAAAAUAAAGCCGUCUUCAAACAAAAAAA